CUCGUUCUCCUAGAACGUAUAGACUGGUAUGCACUGAAAAAUAUCAUUGACUACUAAAUAAAAUAUCUUUCUUGUAAUACUGUUUUACUAAAAGAUAUAGCCCAUAAAAACUGACCCAACGUAAGAAAACCUUUAAGCCUCCUGAUCAAAAAAAUACCAGAGCUUUUUUUUCUUAAUUAAUAAUUUAUAAAUAUGAUUUCACGCGGCGGCACACGCAAAACCUCCUUAUUACGUAACAAGUUUAUAGAAAUUGCAUAAUGGUUGAUGGCGAAAUGAUCGAAUAGGAAGUCAAAGGGUGUUUCAGAGCCUGAUUACAAAACUGUCGAUGGAAUUUUUCUUCUCUAUGGAAUGAUAAAAGUCGAUUCCUCUUAAGUCUACUUGUGCUUUUACUCUCCCUAAUUACCCUUAACUCCUUCCUGUGCCCUGAUUGCUCUUUAAACCCUCCUCGGGCCGUUUUACCUGUUGAGAUCCCAGAAGAUGAACAAAUUGCCUCCCCGCGGCCCCAGAUCCCUUGACACCAAAUUUCCCUGCUUCUCGGCCCCUCUGAGCCCAAAAUUACCCACCCGUAGGCCUGGAGGCCAAAUUACCCAAUCUUGCCAAAAUCAGACGAUUGAGCGACUUCAUUAUGCAUUCCAAUUUUAAUUUAAUCACUGCGAAACCCUCCUUUUGACUUGAUGCUAAUAAAUGCAAAUUGCUUUUGACUUCACAUUUCCAUUCCAAUUUUCACCCCCAUCGAAGUUUUGGAAGCUGACCAAAUUACAUACCCAAAUUUAACCAGUCACUUUCGGGUUUUCUUACAAGAUCUCAAAAAUGACGAAAAGAUUUUUAUGCUUUAAUCUGCAGUUCGCCAUUAUCGCAAGUUUACUAUUCUGCCAAGUGAGCUCAAAGUCCAAAAUGUACCCACAAGUAGACAAAGUGACGAUGUCGCUGAACAGAGUGAUGGAAGAAGGCAUGCAGAAAGUGCAAAAUAGCCGAAAAGAAGAUCCCGAAAGAGAGAAAAGGUCUGCAGAAUUGGAUGAAACUGACGACCAAGAGGCGGAAAACAUCAAAUCCAAUUUGAAGACCAAAUUAGUCACUUCACUUUUGGAUUCGAUUCUGGAUAACUACGAUAUGUAUAUCAGACCCGGUUUUGGCGAAUCCCCGCUGCCUGUGCAAUCCAACAUGGUCAUUUUGAGCAUGGGACCUUUCUCUGACUUUGAAGCGGAGUUUACGUUCCAGUGUUUCUUCCGGCACUUCUGGACUGACAAGCGACUGGCCUUCCAGAACCACUCCUUGUUCGAGACAUACAAGACAGACCCGAAUGAAGUGUCCGAACUCAUCCUAAACAGCAUCAUGUUGGAAAAGGUAUGGAAGCCAGACACUUUCUUCCGAGGCAACGGACUCAACUCACACAUCCAUGACAUCACCAGACCCAACCAGCUAUUCAGACUGAGAAACAACGGAUACAUCAUAUUCAGCACCAGACUGACUGUGAGUGCCAAGUGUCCGAUGGAUUUCUCCAGAUACCCAAUGGACUCCCAGAGCUGUCUGGUCGAAUUCGGGAGCUUCGGCUACCACGAGGAGGAGAUGCAGUACACGUGGACAGACCAGCAGACCCCCAUCACAAUCCUGGGAGAGAGCAAGAUGUCCCAGUUCAACUUCCUCGGCUUCCAGGAGAUCAGCAGGCGCGCCUCGUUCGCAUCAGGAAACUACUCAAUCCUGGCUGUGAACUUCCAGUUCAAGCGCAACAUCGGCUACUUCGUCAUGCAGACAUACAUGCCCUGCAUGAUGAUUGUUGUGUUGUCCUGGGUCGCAUUCUGGAUCAACAGAGAAGCAGCACCCGCCCGCAUCUCACUGGGUAUUACAACUGUGCUGACGAUGACGACCUUCGCAAUCAGCAGUCGACAGCAGAUCCCCAAAGUGUCCUACCCCUCUGCGAUGGACUGGUUCGUCCUCAUGUGCUACCUGUUCGUGUUCCUCGCUCUAGUGGAGUACGCAGCUGUCAACUACUUCACCAAGAGGGGGGAGGCUGGGAAGAAGCCGCCUCCCAAGAAACAGCCAGCGGCCAAGACAUCAACUGACGCUGCGAAAGACAAUACUGACGAGAAAUCCGCUGGCAGUUCGGACGAGCCUCCAUUCGCUUCGAUGAACUCUCUGGUGGUUAAACUGCUAGUCUGCAUCACUGGAUCGAGACAGUACCGCAAGUGGAAGAUAGAACACAUCACCACCCAGUACAACAGUGUGAGUCAGAUAGACGAAAUCUGUCGGGUGGGGUUCCCUCUGGGCUUCUGCAUCUUCAACGCCAUGUACUGGUCCAUCUACAUGGGGGCGGAUGACGCUCUCAUGGACCGAAUGCAACCUGUGCUCGGAAACUAUGUCUAGUUUAACUACGACGACACUAUGACCCUAUGAAGAUACUAUGAACCUAUGAACCUACAGAAACUAUAAAGAUAAAAAGAUACUAGCGCGGUGUCUUAAUAUUACUUGGCUCUUUUCCCACCUCCCCAUCCUACCU